AUGCGCCAAACCCGACCCCUCCCUGAUACGCAUCCCGAGUUCUCGGUGAUAGAAUGGCCGACUUUCCACGAAUAUAGGGUAGAGAAUUGGCGUUUGGCCCGGGACGGGAGCGGUCGUAUCAUUCGCGGAGCAGUGACAUGGACGUGGCUCGAUCUGUGUUUGCCACUUUUCACCUCGCUUUUGUGGCCGAGGGUGGGUCAUUUUUCUUUCCUUCUGGCGUUUCCUUGCCUUCAGGUCAACUCUACAGCACGCGCUCUAGUAGGCGUUGUCCUGUCCAUUUUUGCAUGGUCACGGUGCAGCCAAGUUCUGUAUGAAUCAGUACUGGUGUUUCCUACUCUCGGUAUUCAGCUAGAGACUCAUCGCGGACACCCGUGCUUAGGGUCGCUCUCAGUGUCGCGACAGUUCAUCCACGUCUCUUGCCUGGAGGAUUUUGUGAUACACGAAGGUCUUAGGAGAUGGAACGUUCGUUAUUUUCUGGCUGCAAUCAAACGGUCGAGCAACAGUCCCAUUUCGUUCUGUGUGGCCUUCGAGAACAUUCUGCCUUAUUUCCCCGUGCUUUUACAAGUAUAUUCUAGAGUGCAGAAUUCUAUGUUUCCUCGGGAACCGGAGACUUGA